AAUCUCGCGAGAUUGUGACGAUUACCGAAACUUGUCAACAUGGCAGACACUGUAACAGAAGCACCGGCUGUCAACGCGACAAUGAACGAAACCGCAGCUAAUGCCACGACUAAAAUCCCUGCCACCCCAGAGGGAAUGGCCAUUGCAUAUGGAAGCUUAUGUCUCAUGGCUGUUCUUCCAAUUUUCUUCGGUGCUAUGCGCUCGGUGAAGUACCAUACGGAUCAGAGGGAGUCUGGUGAAAAACCAGACAAAAUGUCUCAUAAAGAUGCAGCCAUGUUUCCCAUAAUUGCCAGUGGGACACUCUUUGGAAUUUACCUUAUUUUUCAGAUAUUCUCUAAGGAGUAUAUAAACCUCCUCCUGGCUGUCUAUUUCUUCUUCCUUGGGGUGUUUGCUCUAGCCAACUUGGUAGGACCACUGUUUACAAAGUAUAUCCCAGCAUCAUUCCCAAACAUGGAGUACCAUUUGAUAUUUACCCAAGGGAAAGAGAAGAAAGAAGAGUUAAUGAAUUAUGAGUUUGACAGAAAAGACUUGCUGUGUCAUGCUGUGUGUGCUCUCAUUGGUGUAUGGUAUCUAAAAGAGAAGCACUGGAUUGCAAACAAUUUGUUUGGCCUGGCAUUUGCCAUCAGUGGAGUAGAAAUGCUGUCCUUAAACAGAAUCACCACUGGUCUCAUUCUCCUGGGUGGUCUCUUUAUCUAUGAUAUAUUCUGGGUGUUUGGUACCAAUGUGAUGGUCACAGUUGCCAAAUCAUUUGAUGCACCUAUCAAAUUGGUGUUCCCACAAGACCUGCUAGAGAAGGGGUUAGCUGCCAACAACUUCGCAAUGCUAGGGUUAGGGGAUAUAGUCAUCCCAGGAAUCUUCAUUGCUCUCUUGCUUAGGUUUGAUAUCAGCCAAAAGAAGAACUCCAAAACUUACUUUUAUGCCAGUUUUAUUGCCUACUGUCUAGGUCUUGGGGCCACCAUUCUAGUCAUGCAUGUGUUCAAACACGCUCAGCCAGCAUUGUUGUACCUGGUGCCGGCCUGUACAGGCUUUCCACUCAUAACAGCCCUGGUCAAGGGAGACAUCAAAGAAAUGUUUAGCUUUGAGGACCACCCAGAAAAACCAGAGGGGGAGGACUCAGAGGAGAAAAAAACCAAGAAAGAGAAGUAACUCUUGACAGACUGUCAGUAUUUCAUCCGCACUCCAGACAGAACUUUAAUGGAUCAAGCUUUUUCUCUACAGAAAUAUCAAAUAUGAGUUGUGGACUCUUUAUAAAUAUUUUCAAUUUACUUGUUGAUGAUUUAUUAAUUUUAUUUAGCAUGAAAGUUUAUGUUAAAAAAUGAUAUGUGCUACUGAUAAAACCAGACAGUGAUUUUGUUACCAUCAUAGAUUUACUGGAAACUGUCAUUUUAUGUGCAAUCUUUUAGUUAAAGUUGUAUUUCAUUUUAUUAAUGAUCUGAUGUCUCCGAAGCCAUGUGUAUUUAUAAACAGCAUCUUUUCCUGAAUCUUUUUGGAUAUUUUUUUUUUACUCAGAGAAUGGAGAUUGAAUUUCUGAAGAUAGAAUGAACUUUCAAUUUAUCUUAAUUUUCAAAUAUUGCUUUGUGCUUUACUUUUUUAGCAAAGUCAUAUAAAACUUUUUUUCAUCUCACAAGAAAUGUAAAAUUUGUGAAAGGUGUAUGUUAUAGUGAAAUGGAGAGUGAAAUUCAAAAAAUCGGAUGUGUUUGAGUUGCUUUGUCAUUAGAUUUAGUAGGGCUGAUUAUCAAGUCAUAUUUUGCAAUAUCAUGACACAUUAUCAUCAUUAAUUAUUUACAUCUACAUGUGUUUUGAUUGCUUGGUAUAUUCAUCUAUGUCAAUAUUCAGGUAAACAUGGGUGUGAGAAGGUGUUAGAACAUAUUUAAUAAUAAAUAACUGUAUUGUUGAAAGCCAACUUGAAUUUUAUUCAUCUGAAGAGAUUUAAUGUGUUUAAAUGAAUAGAGAAAUGAAUACAGAAAUGAACCAGCUAUUAAUGGACUGGUAUACUGUAUUGUCAAGGUUAUUAUGUGUAGGAGUGAAUUAGUUAAAUACAUCAAAUUGAUAAAAAAAAAGUUGAUUUAUGUGCAUAAAACCAUUUUAAUGGUAUUUAAACUUGCAUUGAGUGUAGAUCUUAAAAUAUCUCUUGAAAGUAAUGCAUGGUUCGAUUAUGAAGAAAAGGUUCAUUUAUGUGUUGAUGAUAUUUAUAAAGUUAAAAUUUAAAUACAAUUUAUUUCCUUUAUUA